GCCCAGCGGCGAUGGAUGCUGAGACGUUGCCUUACGCGCUGGACCUCGUGGCCGGCAGCGGGGUGUGCUUGAGCCCAGAGAAGCGGGCCGCCUUGAGGAACUCCCUGCUGCUCGUGCGCAGGGACUACCGCUUCGAGCAGGUCCGCCUAUGGGGCCGCAUCCAAGGCAUCCGAGGAGCGUACUAUAUCGCCGAGGGCCUGGGACCAGACAGGGCUGGGGCCAGAAGCCGCCUGUACAGCUUGAAUGGUGUGGAUUGGAGUCUUCUGCCACCCCCCUCAGAGGAAAUAACUGCAGUGACUACAGGCUUAAAGGGACGUUUCCAAGGGGAUCCGUCUUAUGAAUAUGAACCCGUUGAUAAGAAAGAAGAAGCUGAAAGGCCAUAUGAAGAAGAAGUUGGACCCUUGAUCAAGGAGGAGGUCCGUCUGGUAGCCACCAUACAUCAGAUAGAUCAAGAAGUGGGUAUUGUUCCACGGGGUGCAUAUGUAAAAUCUCCACUUGGACCUGUGCAUGUAAACAGGAACUUUGAAGGUUUGUCUCUGACAGAAGCAAAAAAGUUAAGCUCCUAUUUCCAUUUUACUGAGCCUGUAAAAUUGAAGAAUAAAACUCUGCUGGAAAAAGCUGACUUGGAUCCAGCAAUUGACUUUCUGGAUUCUCUUGAACAUGAUAUCCCUAAAG